UAUAAUAGUUCAAUCUUUAGAGUGUCUAUGAGUAGAAAGCUGGUCAAAAUGCUUACUUUCUUGAAGUCUAGAGCUGACAAGACUCUUCCAUCCUCAAUUGUGUUAGGAAAUAAUGCCUGUGAUCUUGAUUCUGUCGUUUCAAGCAUCAUGUAUGCUUAUUUCUUGGAUGCAACAGUUGAACCGACAUCACCUGUCCUCUGUAUACCAAAGAAAGAUGUAACAUUGCGGACCGAAGUUACAUUUAUGCUUGAUAAGCUCAAGAUUCCCAUUGAUGACUUGAUAUUCCUUGAUUCACCACAGAUAAGCGACAUCCAAUAUAAGCACAUUCGAUUACAUUUAGUGGACCACAACAAAUACGAUAACAGUUAUCUCAACCUAGAAUCCUUUGAAGUUGCAUCAAUCGUUGACCAUCACAGUGAUGAAAAUAGCCCUUGCACAGGAUACAAAAAGAUCGAACGUGUUGGAUCUUGUGCUAGUUUGAUAACAUCUCUGUUUAAAACAGAUCAGUCAUCACCAAAUCCUGCUGUGUCCUUCACAGAUAAAAUGAGGUUGUUUUUGGCCGGGCCAAUAUUGUUGGACUCAGUCAACCUAGACUUCAGUAAGGGUAGAACACAUCAGGUUGAUGUUGAAAUGUUUGAGUUUUUGUCAAUACCUGACCGUGAUAAGCUUUUUGAAGAGUUGACUAAAGCUAAAACAGACACAUCACAACUCUCAGUUUAUGACUUGUUGAGAAAAGACUGCAAACAUUUUUCCAGCAAAGAAGGGCAAGUCUAUAUUGCAUCAUUGUUCGGGCCAACUUGGGAACAGUUUGCGGCCAUGCCAAAUUUAAUUGAAGAUACACAAAAAUUUGUUUCAGAGCAUGAUAUCAAUGUUCUCAUCGUUAUGAUAAGAUCUGACGAACUCUUUCAGCUAUUGUUAACUGUAGCACACGGCACCCAUCUUAUUAGCGAGGAUUGCAUAAGUGAUAUCACUGACAAGUUAGAACUUGUUAAAUUGCAGGAUUAUCAGCCUGACAGCUGGCUUGUUUAUGAGCAGUUAAAUAUCAAGGCUUCACGCAAGGUUGUUUUACCACUGUUCAAAUCAUGGCUUGAAGGGUAAUUUAAUUUUAAGGAAUUUGAUGCCAGUUUUAUCCAUAAAACACGAUUACGUUUUGUCUUAUUUUUGUCACUUCAGUAAACAUAUGUAGUAAUGAUGUUUCCCCAAUAUUUUUCUACUUUCUUCUUUCAUAUCAUUUGAUGGUAAUCUGGCCUUUAACUUAUUGUAAAACAACACCCUGGCUUAUUUUGUACUUAUCUUAUCUCCUUGUUUGAUGUUUUAUAUGCAAACAUGCAUUUUAUUCUGCUGUUAUUUAUUUGUGUAUAUGUUGAAUUUAUCUUGAUGUGGUAUUUUGUGUUUUCGAAGGUAUGUAUCUGCUGAUCAGUG